GAGAUGGAAGUGGCAAGCCUACUCAACUUACCAAAUAAAGAAGCUUUGACUGUGCUCUGUUCUGUUGUAAAGCACUUAUGAAGCGGUAGAGCACUCAAGAAGUAGGGAAAAACACUCGACUAUGUCUCGUGGUUUCCCCUACAUUUCUUUCGUGCUCUACCGCUUCUUGCCUUCCUUCCUUCCUUCCUUUAUGUUAGAGACAGAGAGAAAUAAAUGAAAUGGAAAUAGAUAAUCACAACAAAGUAUGUGAGUGAUUUUUUAUAAUUUGCUGAAAAAUUAAUAUCAACUUGAUAUUUGAUUGAGUAUCGUAAUUAUGCCAUAUUAAUUUACUUGCUUAGUUUUGCUUUAUUUUUUAUAGACUGGAGAUUUUAACAGAAAAAGUAUCUAAUUUAAAGAGGGAAGUGGAGGAGCUAAGAAAAGAAAAUGAAUGGCUACAGGAAGAAGCUCAACAAACUCGACUGGAAAGUCACGAGUAUAUGUCAUACAUGGCUAAAAAGACACAGAAGAGGCAGACAACAAUCAUAUCCUUGAGUGACAGCAAUCAGCAAGAGUUGGAGAACAUCAAACAGCAGAGAGAGCAGAUGUUAAAGGAGUAUCAAGAAAAGAAACAAGCUUUGAAGCAGCUCAUGCUUGAGAAGGAAGCUGAACUUGCCUUAACAAAUAACGAACUGGCAGAAUUGGAAGAGUAUCAGACUCUUCAAAGUGAUCAGAAGGCAGAGAUUGCCCGUCUUGAGCAGGAUGUUCACACCAUGAGAGGAAAGCACUCCGAAGCAAUUCAGAAACUUAAAUCACAAUUCCUACGAGAGAAAAGAAGUUAUCAAAAGGAGUCAGACACAAAGAUACAGGAGAUGGCUCAACAAGCCUCCCAGGAAGCGAAACAGUGCUUGGACGAACACACGCGCAGAAUAAAAGACGAAAACCGGUUAUUGCGUAAAGAGCUGUUACAGCUCAUCAGACGAACACGAGCUCUCCACGAACAUCGCCAAGAACUAGAAGAACAGCAUAAAACACUGUUACGUGAAGUACAGUACAGUAGAGACCUCAAGAAACUCAGAGGUUCCAGGCAAAACAGACUUUAUCAGAACUUUGGAGUAAGUGCAGAGAAAGAUGCAGUGGGCGAAAAGAAAUAAUUGGGACAUUCGUGACCGUUAGCCAGGGGCAGAACUUGUCUUGAAAACCUUACAAGUUUAGAAGCGGAAUAAUUAGAGUUUGCUGUUCCGGGUUGAAGACCGUUACUAGCGGAAAGGCCAGUUAGGAAUGUGGGACGUGGUUGUAGAAAUAAAUCGUAGACAGAUGUAAGAAUAAAGGUUACAUUAAAAAC